ACAGCUGUUUCAACUAAUGGUCAUCUUUCAAUCUUUUAUCUAAAAGAAGGUCAGAUGCGACGGGGUUGAUUGUAGUAGCGGUUUACCACGCGGAUGAAUAAUCUAACCUGAAAUCUUGUGGAAACUUGAUAAUAGACUGCAGUCAUGGCCAAAACAGAUAGAGGUCCGUCAAAGUUCAGGAAUAACCUCUCACGAUCCUACAAGUAUAAAAAGAGGGCUGGAAUCGUUAAAAAACGUGUAGAAGACAAUAGUCUUGCACAGGCUAAGAAAGCGAGAAUUGUUGUUCGCAAUCUUUCUUUUAAUGUCACAGAAUCAGAUUUUCGGCGUCUUUAUGAACCAUUUGGAGAACUGGAAGAAGUAAAACUUUUAAAGCGUCCUGAUGGAAAACUUGUAGGAUGUGGAUUUGUUCAAUUCAAAAAUCUAGAAGAUGCUUCUAAGGCUAUUUUUAAAACUAACAAAUCAAAUUUUUUAGGUCGUACUAUAAGCAGUGAAUGGGCCAUUCCAAAAUCACAGUUCUCAGAAAAUUUGAGAAAAGAGCAGGGUGAAUCAGAAGUAAAGGACGAAGUAAAAGAGGAAGUGGGCGAUAAUGAAGCAGAUGAUGAAGAACAUACUGCGGAAGCAGCGGAAAGUGAUAAAUCGCAUAAAAAGAGGAAAGAAGCUUUCCCAAACAAAAAUGCUCUCUCUAAAGCAGAGCAAAGAAAAUUGUACAAAUUGAGAUUAAGGCAAAAACGAUCGCGAAUCGUUAUAAGGAAUUUGCCUUUCACAGUUACUGAUGAAAUAGUAAAAGAACACUUCUCCAAAUACGGAAAUAUAGAGGAACUUAAAAUUUUGAAGAAACCAGAUGGAACUCCAACUGGUGUUUGCUUUAUACAAUUUGAUCGCGUUCAAUGUGCUGCUCAAGCUAUUCACCAUGAAAACUUGAAAACACUACUCAACAGGGCAAUGGUGGUAGAUUGGGCUAUCUCAAAAGACAAAUUCGUAAAACAGUCCAAAGAUCAAGACACGGCUGUAAAAGUAGAAGAUGAUGAUGAUAUAUCAAUUGUUAAAGAAGAAAUAGGUGAGGGUGUACUUGAUGGGGACAUCAAAAUUAAAGAAGAAAAAGAUAGCGAUGAAGAAGACGUCAAGGAAGAAAACGAAAGCGAUGAAGAAGGGGAUUCUGGAGAAGGUAGUGAUGUAAAUAACGAUGACGAAGACGACGACAAUGAAGAUGAAGAGGCUGAUGACAAAAAUGAUAUUAAAAGAGAAUUCGAUACUGAAUCAGAAGCUCCGCAUCCCCGACGUAUUUCUAACGACGUAAGCGAAGGGCGAACAGUUUUCAUCAAGAAUGUACCGUUUUCUGCGACAAACGAAGAUCUCAAACAAUGCAUGGAACAGUUUGGUCCAGUCUACUAUGCCUUGAUUUGUAUGGACCGUUUGACCGAGCAUUCGAAAGGAACGGCAUUUGUUAAAUUCAGGAACAUAGAAGAUGCUGAAAAAUGCCUAUCUGCAGGAACGGAAUUAAGAAUACAUGAUCAAGUACUUGAUCCUCACAGAGCACUUCACAGAAAUGAAGUGAAAGAAAAGAGCGAGGAAAAGAAGAAAAAAGUUAAAGACUCGAGAAAUCUUUAUCUCGUAAAAGAAGGAGUCAUUCUCGCCGGUUCGCCCGCCGCGCAGGACAUCUCUGCAUCUGACAUGGCCAAGCGAUUGCAGCUCGAGCAGUGGAAGUCGCAGAUGUUGCGAAACCUCAACAUGUUUGUCUCGCGAGUGCGCCUAGUCAUUCACAAUCUGCCGCCCAGCGUCGACGACGCUAAACUGCGCCAACUUUUUAAAAAUCACAGCAAUCACAACGCUGUAAUCACCGAGGCUCGAGUGAUGCGGGAUCUGAGAAACGUGGACGGUAAUGGAAUUGGCAAGUCGAAAGAGCACGGCUUUGUGUCCUUUACCAAUCAUGAGGAUGCUUUGAAGGCACUUAGGAGCAUUAAUAACAAUCCAAAUAUUUUCACCAAAACCAAGAGACCCAUCGUUGCCUUCUCGAUAGAAAAUAGGAUAAUGGUAAACGCGAAGCAAAGGCGCGUAGAGAAGAGCCGUCAGCACAACCCUCUGUAUGCCGAUCGUAAAAGACCAGCCGAAAACAACCAGGAGUCUGAAAGUAAGGAAGCCGAGGGAAGCAGUAAGAAGAGCGCGAAGAGGAAAAGAAAGUCCGCUGCCGCAGCAGCAGAGUCCAAAGCGUCUGUAUUCGAGGAUGUCGAGUCGUUUGCUGGUACCACAGGUAAACCCGGGGUAAUAAAACAGAAUAGCAAGUUUUUCCUGAAGAAGCAAGCCGCCAUGCAUACAGAGAACCUCAAGCAGCAGAAGAAGAAGGCUAAGAGCAUGAAACAAUUGACCGCGAAGAAGAAGGAACUGGCGUCGAAUCGCCGAGAAGCGAAACCGAAACAAGGCACGAAGAAACAAGACGCCGACGAGGCCAACUUCAGCAAGCUCGUCAACAGCUACAAGAACAAAUUAUCCUCCGUCUCGAAUUUCAAGUCCAAGUGGUACGAGAGCACUUGAGAGAAAGGAAGACGAUCUCAGCGAUAAUUGCGUUAUGCACACACGCGAACACGCAACCACCUUUGUACAUUUUAUGUAAAAGCCGAAAAGUCGAAACAGCCCCUUCUGUCGAGUCGAGCCGUUGGGAGGGACGUGGAAGGGAGCUGCGAGGAUUGCGUAAAAGAAUACAUACUUUUUAA